CAGGAGUCUGCUGCUGGGCUCCGCAGCGCAGCCAGCAUUGCGCGGCGCCCCGAACCGGCCCCAUGCCCGCAUACCAGCCGGACCGCCCCUGAGCGCGGGCGCCCUGCCGCGCCCCCCCUCGCCGGCACCAUUGCCCCGACGGCGCGGCCGGGUGGCCCGGCGCUCCCCAGGCUCCGCGCUGGCCGGAAGACUUUGCUGGCGGCCGCCGCGGGCGUGGUGAUGCUGCUGGUGCUGGUGGUGCUAAUCCCCGUGCUGGUGAGCUCGGGCGGCCCUGACGGCCACUAUGAGAUGCUGGGCACCUGCCGCAUGGUGUGCGACCCCUACCCCGCGCGGGGCCCCGGCGCCGGCGCGCGGCCCGACGGCGGCGACGCCCUGAGCGAGCAGAGCGGCGCGCCACCGCCCUCCACGCUGGUGCAGGGCCCCCAGGGGAAGCCGGGCCGCACCGGCAAGCCAGGCCCCCCUGGGCCUCCUGGGGACCCGGGUCCUCCCGGACCCAUGGGGCCACCGGGGGAGAAGGGUGAGCCGGGCAAGCCAGGGCCCCCCGGGCUACCGGGCACAGGGGGCAGCGGCGCCAUCAGCACUGCCACCUACACCACGGUGCCGCGCGUGGCCUUCUACGCUGGCCUCAAGAACCCCCACGAGGGUUACGAGGUGCUCAAGUUCGACGACGUGGUCACCAACCUAGGCAACAAUUACGACGCGGCCAGCGGCAAGUUUACGUGCAACAUUCCUGGCACCUACUUUUUCACCUACCAUGUCCUCAUGCGCGGUGGCGACGGCACCAGUAUGUGGGCGGACCUCUGCAAGAACGGCCAGGUUCGGGCCAGUGCCAUUGCCCAGGACGCAGACCAGAACUACGACUACGCCAGCAACAGCGUGAUUCUGCACCUGGACGCGGGCGACGAGGUCUUCAUCAAGCUGGACGGAGGCAAAGCGCACGGAGGCAACAGCAACAAAUACAGCACCUUUUCUGGCUUCAUCAUCUACUCUGACUGA